ACAGAAAGCUGCAGUGCUAGCUAGUGCUAGCCAUAUUGCAGACAGUGCAACUGGUUAGUGAUGGAUGUAGCGCUAGUUGCCGUUAUUGGUUGCCAUAGCUUGCUGAAUAGCUUGCUAAAUGGCUGUCUGCGUGAUCCGGUUGAAUAGGACUUUAGCUGUCAACUGCAAUGGCUGAACUGCGUGUUGAAGUAACAAGCCUUCUCAGUAAUAUCUUGCAAGCCAUCGGAGAAAGGGAAAGGCAGAACAGCAGCUGACUCAGACAGAAAGGAGUGUUUAUCACACCCUGUUUGGACAACUGGAUCGUGGAGAAGACGCCUCAGCCUGAAGGACUACCCACGUUGCCAUGGCGCUGCCAUUUAAGAAAGAGCUGGAGAAGUACAAAGACAUGGACGAGGACGAGAUCCUCAACAACCUGUCUGCUGAGGAGCUGAGACAACUGGAACACGCCCUGGAGGAACUGGACCCUGAGAAUGCACUGCUGCCGGCUGGCCUGCGGCAGAAGGAUCAGACCUCUAAGGCCGCCACCGGCCCCUUCAACAGGGAGAGGCUCCUCAGGUACCUGGAGAAGGAGGCAAUGGAGUACAAGGAUCGCGAGGAUGUGGUGCCGUUCACCGGCGAGCGCAAAGGGAAAGCUUGGGUGCCCAAACAUAAGCCAAUCGAAACACAACAAGAGGAAGUGACGACCCUUGACCCGGAACUGGAAGAAGCCCUCUCCAGUGCCACUGACACAGAGCUCUGUGACCUGGCAGCUAUCCUUGGUGUGCAUACACUGGUGACCAGCACACAGACCAUUGAUGGACCUGGUGGUAAAGAAGGCUAUAACAAUGUGGUCAAAGGGGAGAAGGUCAAGCCCGUCUUCGACGAGCCGCCAAACCCCACCAACGUAGAGGAGACCCUGCAGAGGAUAAAGGCCAACGACGCUACCCUGGUGGAGGUCAACCUCAACAACAUCAAAAACAUCCCCAUCCCCACGCUGAAGGACUUUGCCAAGGCCAUGGAGAAGAACACGCACGUGAAGAAGUUCAGCUUGGCUGCCUCGCGGAGCAACGACCCCAUCGCCAUGGCGUUCGCUGACAUGCUGAGGGAGAACCGCACCCUGAGAAGCCUGAACCUGGAGAGCAACUUCAUCACAAGCGCCGGGAUCCAAGCCCUGGUGGGGGCGCUGCGGGACAACGACACGCUGACCGAGAUAAAGAUCGACAACCAGCGGCAGCAGCUAGGUACCACAGUGGAGAUGGAGAUUGCUAAGAUGCUGGAGGAAAACAGGAGCAUCCUGAAGUUCAGCUACCACUUCACUCAGCAGGGCCCUAGAGCGCGAGCGGCCGCCGCCAUCACCAAGAACAAUGACCUGGUGCGCCAAAGGCGAGUGGAAGGAGACGCGUAACCCCAGACUGCUCCCCGGCCACGCCCAAACCACGCCCUGCCACACCCGAACCACACCCAACCAUGCCCUGCUGCAACACGUGGAAACAAUUCAGCUGAACAGCUUUAUGUGCCAAACCGUGGGGUAUGGCCUGGUGUGGCAUCAUCAACCUAUCUGAAGAAGGGAAAUGACUGGAAACCCUCUACAUAAUUAUUAUUGUUAUUAUUAUUAUUGUUGUUGUUAUUAUUAUUAUUAUUAUUAUUAUUAUUAUUAUUAUUAUUAUUAUUAUUAUUAUUAUUGUUGUUGUUGUUGUUGUUGUUGUUGUUGUUGUUGUUGUUGUUGUUGUUGUUGUUAUUAUUAUUAUUAAUAUUGUUAUUAUUAUUCGUAUUAGUAUUAAUUUUGUGGUAAAUAUUUUAUUGGCUAAUAAUUCCAUUUAAGUUGGUUUUUGCCUAUUCAGACCAAUAGAUUUGAACCUUGUUGAGUAUUUUUUUCUCUGACAGGAUACCAUGAAGUACUCAUUUAGCAGAGAACAGAAAUGCUCUGGAGUUGCAUUUCUUUCCAUUUCCAGACGGGGACAAUCAGUUUAUAAAUGGUUGGAUUUAAACGCCAUUAGGCUCCAGUAGACUGAAGCGGUCAGUACAGAACAGUGGUGCUUCUGAACUUCGCCUGUGUUCCUGUGUUCAGUUGCGUGGGGUCAUUUUUAAAGCACCUGUCCCUCUCUUGAUGGACACUGUAAAAUGCACUGUCCUUGAAAUGGUUUUUCACCCGAGGUUGUUUCUUGCAUUUAUUGUUGUUUAUGGGGGUCAUGGCAGGGGUUUCCAGUAUGUUCUGGAGGCUUGUGAGGUGAUCAGUGUGUUGUGGAAAGUGUGUAGUUGAGUUAUGUGAGGGGUGACCUCUCAGGUGGGUAAUGUGUGCUUUUUGCUGUCUGUCUUGUAGUCUUCCUGCUUUGCUGGGGAUUGUGCCUCACAGACCAGAGAUUUUCAUUUUUACCUGAAUUUUCCACCAUCCUGGCCUGGGGAAAGGGAAGUAGACACCUGCCUAUCAGAGCCUGUUUGACAAAGCUCUGCGCCCACCCCCUGCUCCUAGCGUUUUCCAUUUUCUUGUGGAGAAAUGGCCAGAAAUGUUGGCAGACUGAGAUUUCCAGGUUGUCUGUUUGAACCUAUUGGUUUUUGUUGUCGAGAAAAAACAAUUAGCCAAUAGGAAAUAGUGAUUGACAAGCAUCUUGAGCAGUCCCAGGGUUCAUGAAGUCUUGCUCUUGCAUUGCUGCCAUUUGCCUUCCUUUAAAAUAGUUCCGUGCUAAACUCGGCUAACCAUGCUAACCCUUUCUCAUGCCCAUGCUGGCGCCAUGCCAAAGAAUGUAUAUCUGCAUCUUUUUCCAUUGUGGGGAAUUUUAGUGGCUGGAUUGCAUAUUUUCAUCAUAGAUUAUGUACAGAACAAAAAGCUAAAUAAGCACAUAAUUUUUCCUCUCCUUUAUAAGGUAUUUAUAUUUCUGGUUUUGCUUUCUUUUGUUUUAUUUCUUUCUGGGGCGCUGCAGUCAUGGGUGUGAAAUGGCCUUCCUGAAACCACUGCGAUUUUAGGUAUGUGUUUUUAUCAGGGCAUCCUGUUCGAAGUAGCAAUGCAAAAGCAAUGCCGUUGUCCCGAAGACGACCCGUUCUGACUCGCACCCUCAGUUUCUCCCCAGCAGAGGUCACCAAGCACCGCAUAGACUGCUGGCUGAGAGGCUGACACUAAGAUGCCAUGCAUGCUGUCUGUGGCAGAAUUAACUGGAUUGUAUAGGGGAAUGGGUGCAUGCUUUUAUCGCCUAUGCUGUCACCCCUUAACUGUUUUUUACUUCUCUGUGGGAUAACUGAUUAAAAACACAAGAAUUGAAACAAAAGACACUUUUUCAACAAUACUUGCAAAACAUUUUGAUUUUAAAUGUACAUUAACAUUUAAACACUUAUACAUUUGUAUUUUUCUUUGUCCAUUUCUGGUCUGUGGAACAUGCCAUGGCUUUUAAUACAAAUUUUUAUUAUUAGGUAUAAGGCAGAGCAUUUUGGUACUGUACAAGCCUGUUCUACAGUAUCAAAUCAUGGGUUUUCUUUUUUAUCUUGGUGAGCCAAAUGGAUUACAUGGAAUAUACAGACUGUAUCUAUACGUGUAUGUUGAUGCUUGGCUGUUUUCUGAAUAAUCAGAGAUAUUGAUGUACUAUUGCUGUGGAUCUGAAUGGUGAAGCUCGCUGUAUUCAUUCCCAUUAUGUUUUCAUGUGAAUCACUGUGCAAGUUAAACUGCUGAGAUCUUUAACCUUAAUGUGGUGGUUCUGGACACCACAAGAGGAAACACUGCAUACUGUUGUCAUUAUUAUCAUUAGUAUUAUUACUGCACAAAAUUACUUGCAUUGUAUAGUUUAAAAUGUACUCACCAAUAAAUGUUUUUACAAAA